ACAAAAUAUCGAAAAUAAAAAGUUCAUGACGGUAAUAAAAUUGGUGAUGUUUGAGUGUGUAAUUGAGAUUUCGGAUAUAGGUUAGAGGGUUUUCGAUCAUUUUCUCAUUUAUAUUCACCAUAAAAUAUAAUUCAAAUAUCAAAUUUUUGGCCAAAUAUAACCCCACCCCAUCCUUCUUUUCUUGAUGACGGUCUAGUGAGGUACAGACAAAUGCUGAGAAGGAAACCCAGCAAAAUCGAAGUAAAAAUCGAAGACAAAGAAGAACUCGAAGAAGCUCGCAAACGCGCCGCCCUCAUCGCCGCCGCCGCCUCUUCCUCCUCCUCAGCCCCCUCCACCACCACCGUCACCACCGGCGACACCUCCCUCCUCCAACACUUCGACCGCUCCACCGCCGUUGAUCCCUCCACCAAAAACACUCGCAUCGGCCUCAACUAAAAUCAUAUGGAAGUCGAAGUAAAACUCCGAUUACCAGACUCCACCGCACAUCAAAAAGUUCUCUCACUUCUCUCCCCGUACCACAAGAAGACACAUCAUCAGCUUAACACUUUCUUCGACGGCGCUGCCGGCGAAUUAAGCUCGCAACGGGCAGUUCUACGCCUCCGAUUCUACGAGAAUCUCAAGGGUAAAAGGGUAAUUGCUGACAGUGUUACUCCAGUUGAAGAGGAAUCGAAAAUUGGAUAUGAAAGUGUUAGUGAUCCGAGUAAAAGGGCUAAAGAGGAAGAGAAUGUGAAAUGCAUGGUGUGUAUCAAGGGUAAAGCUGUAAUUGUUAACGGCGUUAGUCGAGUAGAAGAGGAUGAAGAGGAAUUAGAUUCGAAAAUCGGGUAUGAAUUUGUUGAUCAUCCAAGGAAAUUGACGGAGGUGGAAAAUUCUAGGGUUUUGAAAAGGGCAAAAGAGGAAUUUCAAGUUGGGGAAGGAGGGUUUAUUGGAUUGGGAGGGUUUAGGAAUGCGAGGAAUGUGUUUGAGUGGAAUGGUGUGGUGUUGGAGGUUGAUGAGACUAAGUAUGACUUUGGGACUUGUUAUGAGAUUGAAUGUGAAAGUUCGGAGCCAGAGAAAGUUAAGGAGAUGAUUGAGACGCUGUUGAAGGAGAAUGGGAUUGAUUAUAGCUAUUCAAAAGUGUCAAAGUUUGCGACUUUUCGGGCCGGAAAGUUGCCUUAGUGUACCUCCUAGAUGGUACCAUAUCUCGAAAGCUUGAAGUGUUCGUUGCCUCAAUAUUUGUGGACUUGACAGGCAUGAAAUAAUAUUUUGUGGUUUUCUAAUCAUUUACCCUCCUUGCUGAUAAGAUUUUCAUUAAACCUUGCGAAUAUUAGUUUUUAUUUAUUUUUGGGGUACUAUUUAGAGCAUCAACACCUUCUAUUAGAUUAUGAAGCUCCUUCUGUCCGUACUAUGCUAAAAUUAUUGUCUCUUUUGAUA